AUGUUGUCCUUGUUGUCCUUCAAGCUACCGAGGCUAAUAGUCCGAGUCUUGCUACCUUUGGUCUUUUUGAUCGGGAUCACCAUCCUCAUCUCCGUACAGUUCGAGGUUGACGUGAAGGAGAACUUCUCAGGUUUCCUCAGACAACUAGAAGCAACUAAGGCACUUGAUUUUAGGAAGCCUUACAUUCUAGAGAAGGGCAAUGUUCAGUUUCAUUUCCUUAAUCUAAAAAAGAAGAAGGGAACACCCGAGCAGAUCCUCCAGGCCAAUAACGACAGGUACGACGAGAUCUUAGCCCAAGAGAUCAACGAACCAAAGGACUUCAACAUUGAGUCAAUUCGUCCACCCGAAAACCCUUUUGAAUAUCAACACGCCAAUGCUACAAUUGUAUCGUUGGUGAGGAAUAACGAGGUCGCUAAAAUCGGCGUUGCUAUCCGUUCAUUCGAGAACAAGUUCAAUGGUAAGUUCAAAUAUCCAUAUACAUUCCUUAAUGACCAGCCGUUUACGGAUCGCUUCAAAGAGAAGAUCAGAAAGUAUACCGAUGCUCCCAUGGAGUUUGUGCAAAUUCCUCCCGAGCUAUGGAACAAGCCUGAUUUCGUGGAUUUGACUCGCGAGAGGGAAGCUAUGGACAGACUCGAACAACUCAACGUUGCAUAUGCUAAGAAAGCUUCGUAUCAUAAUAUGUGCCGUUUCUAUUCGGCUAAAUUCUAUAACUUGCCAGAAUUGCAGAAGUACAAGUACUAUUGGCGUCUUGAACCGAGCGUCAAGUUUUUCACGGACGUCAACUAUGAUGUGUUUAAGUAUUUGGAAGGAACACGCAAGAUAUAUGGCUUCACAAUCAACCUUUACGACAUUGACGAAAGCAUUGAGACACUUUACCCCGAGACUUUGAACUUUUUGAACCUGGAUGACAACUACAAGUAUGUCAAUGAGAACGGUUCAUUCCAGUGGAUAACCGAGGACCAGCAAAACCCAAAGAAAACAAAGGUAGCACACGGCUACUCCACGUGCCAUUUCUGGUCUAACUUUGAAAUUGCUGACAUGGACUUUUAUCGUGGAGAGGCAUACACUAACUGGGUUAAUUACCUAGACUCCACAGGGAAGUUUUAUUACGAGAGAUGGGGAGACGCCCCGGUGCAUUCGCUCGGGUUGGCGCUUUUUGCCGACAAACGUCAAAUCCAUUGGUUCAGAGAUAUUGGUUAUCAUCAUAGCCCGUAUCGCAAUUGUCCCAACACUCCAACUACUAGAGGCUGCGCUAAGGGCCAGUUUUCUGAGUAUAACCGAGAUUUCGACCAAAAUUGUUUGGUUACAUGGGUUGAUUAUGAAGCAGGAGACUUAAGCGCUGUCUAUUGA